AUGGCCUCUAGUUCCAAGCCAGAGGGCAGCAUGCUCUGGGGUGGUCGAUUCACCGGUGGCCUCGAUCCUCUUAUGGUCAAGUACAACGAGAGCAUCUUCUUCGAUCGUGUGCUCUACAAGCAGGACAUCCUUGGCAGCAUCGCCUUUGCCCGCGCCAACGCCAAGAACGGUAUCAUCACCCAGGAGGAGUUUGAGGAGCUCGAGAAGGGUCUUCUCCAGGUCCAAAACGAGUGGGAGACUGGCACCUUCACCAUCAUCUCCGGCGUCGACAUCAUUGGCAAAAAUGUCGCCGGCAAGCUCCACACCGGCCGCAGCCGCAACGAGCAGGUUGUCUGCGACAUGCGCAUGUGGCUCCGCGAUGAGCUUCGCAAGAUUGACGACCAGCUCACCAGCUUCUUGAAGUUGACGGCUGCCCGUGCCGAGAGCGAGAUCAAUUACAUCAUGCCCGGGUACACCCACCUGCAGCGCGCUCAGCCCGUCCGCUGGAGCCACUGGAUGCUCUCCUACGGCUUCGCCUUUGCCAACGACCUCGAGCGCCUCCGUGAGGUUAUCAAGCGCAUCAACCGAAGCCCUCUCGGGUGCGGUGCCCUUGCUGGCAACCCCUUCGGCAUCGACCGUGACAUGAUGGCCGAGGAGCUGGGCUUCGAGGGUAUCCUGUGGAACUCCAUGGGCGCUGUUGCCGACCGUGACUUCGUCCUACUCCACCGCCGAGUUCGGUUUCGUUCGCCUCGCCGAUGCCUACUCCACAGGCAGCUCGCUCAUGCCCCAGAAAAAGAACGCUGA